AUGAUUCUCUCCGCCGGCGAUUCCGUCGCCACCGCAGGAGGCGAGUCCGUCGACCUGGACGACACUGACGGCGACCACCUCCUCCCCAACGCAACUGUGCCCGCGCCGCCCCAAAAUGGCACAUCUGACGCCGCCGCCGCUACUCCCAGCGGUCGCGGCGGUCGCGGAGGUAAAGACAACGGUAACGGCGGUCGUAACGGUGGCGACAGGUGCCCACGGCACCGGCUGAGUCUGAGCAUGGACCGCCCCCAGGUGGCGGCGUUCGCGGGGCUGCUGCAGCGGCAGCAGGCGCAGGUGGCAUCUGAGGCGGGCGUACCCAAGGACGGGCUGCUCUACAGCUACAAGCACACGUCCAACGGCUUCGCCGCGCGCCUCACGCCGCGCCAGGCGUGGCGGCUGCGGCGCCACCCCGCCGUGGCGUCCGUCCGCGCCAGCCGCGUGUUCCGCCAGCAGACGACCGACUCUCCGCAGUUCCUGGGGCUGCCUGGGAAGGUGUGGCCGGCAAUGGGCGGGCAGAGCAAGGCGGGCGAGGGCACGGUGGUGGGGAUCGUGGACUCGGGUAUCUGGCCCGAACACCCGUCCUUCAGCGAUAAGGGCCUCUCCUCGCAGCUGUUGGAGAUUACGUGUGUUGGAAGCAAGGCUCGUGCGGUGAUCUACUUGGGAAUUGCGGCGAACGAGCGUGCGUGGCGAGUGUGGGACUUGGGCGACAAGUGCGUCGUCACGUCUCGGGACGUGGUCUUCGAUGAAGACAAGUUCCCGUCGAAGGAGAAACCCACUCAACAACUCACCUUCAUCCUUCCGCCACGAGAGGAGGUUGAAGAGAGUGAGACUCCACCUCAAGUGGAGAAGGAAGCCGAUGGAGGGGGAGCGAACAACGAGGAGAGCAUUGAUGAUGUCGUGGAGGUGUCACCAACCGAGGCGGCAACUACCUCCACACCUUCCUCCCUACCAUUGGCCUUGACCCACGAGCGUCGUGAGCAGCUGCCCGCGGGGUGGAAGGGCAAGUGCGAGCAGUCGAGCUCGCUCCGGUGCAACAACAAGGUGAUCGGCGCCAAGGCCUUCUAUGCCGGCUUCCAGCGGGAGUUCGGCCGGCCCGUGUUGACCAAUGACUGGCUCACGCCGCGAGAUGCGAACGGCCAUGGCACAUGGUGCGCGGGGGCAGCCGCGGGGAACCCCGUGAAGAUGCAAAACGGCGGGCAGAUGCGUGGUAUGGCGCCAGCAGCGCGCAUUGCGGUAUACAAGAUCUUCUGGACGGACGGCAACGGGGAGGUAACCGCGUCGGAGUCAGAUAUCAUCGCAGCCGUCAAUCAGGGCGUGGCGGACGGUGUGGAUGUGCUGUCUCUGUCUCUAGGCAGCAAGAUUCCCGAUCCCGAAGACAACUACUUCAACGAUCUCGCUUUCAUGCGUGCCAAUGCUGCCGGGGUGUUUGUCACCUUUGCUGCCGGCAACGAGGGGCCUCCCGGGCGUGGAGGGUACUACCGCACGCUUGACAGCUUUGCGCCUUUCUAUCUCACUGUUGGCGCCAGCACCAUCGCCCGAGGCGGUGCCUCCCUCGCCUCCUCUACUGCCGGCGCUCAGUCGCUCACUCUUGGUGCCAACACCAGCAGCAACGGCGCGGACGGCACGGGCGGCAGCAGCAGCACGGUUCUGACUGCCGACGGCGGGAUCACCUUCACCUCCUACUCCACCUCCGCCCCGGUGGUGGCUGACUUCUCUUCCCGCGGCCCCCUGCUGCCGCCCUCCGCAACGGCCCAGCCCCCCAAGCCAGGCAACGCCAUCCUAAAGCCCGACAUCAUCGGCCCCGGAGUGGACCUCGUAGCCGCUGCUCCCGGGAAGAAACCCGGCGAAGUCGGUGGUGUCUUCGUCGCGUCGGGCACUUCCAUGGCCACACCGCAUUUAGCCGGGCUAGCCGCAUUAAUAAUCCAGAAGCACCCCAACUGGACCCCGGCGCAGGUGAUGUCAGCGCUGAUGACGACGGCGCGGGUGACGGACACAAGCAAUAGCCCGAUCAAGAGUUCUACGGGCGGGGAGGCCACCCCGUGGGAGAUGGGCGCAGGCCACGUGUUCCCCCCGGCCAUGCUCGACCCCGGGCUUACCUACGAUGCCCGGGACCGCGACUACCAGAAUUUCCUGGCCGGGCAGGACCUCAACCGCGCGAAAAAGGAGUUCCCAGGGGUGGCGCUCUCUCCUCUGGCUGUUCGAAACCUCAACCUGCCCACCAUCACUCUGCCUCGCCUGCAGGGCUCCCUGCAGGUCACACGCACCGUCACCAACGUGGGGCAGUCCCGGUCCACAUACAGCGUAUCUGGGAAGCCCCCGCAGGGCGUGAAGGUGACUGUGGGGCCUAUGAGCCUUACGCUGGCUCCCGGGGAGAAGGCCACCUACACGGUGACGGUCACGGUGGAUACCCCCAGUAAUGACUUCAAGUACGGGUAUAUAGUGUGGGCUGACGACCAGGGCCACAAAGUGCGCUCUCCCCUCGUGGUGCAACCCAUCUCCCGCUGA